AAGGAAGAGUAAAACUACUGUCACAACCGGCUAUCGCUCGCCGUUGACUCUCCAGAAAUUGAAUCCCCAAAUCUAUUCGGCGGAAUCAAAAUCCCUAACGCUAAUUCCCUAGUUGACGUCGUCGCUCGCAUGACACCUCUGUCGAUUUUGUAAAGAAAAGAACUCGAAGCAGAGGAUAAUGACGAUUGGAGGCCUGCGCUAAAGGGUGUUUGGGGUGUUCUACAUUACGGUUCAAAGCACAAAUCGCUCGGUUCAAGGCAGGGUUAAUAUUCUUUAUGCACUCAUUCUCAUAAUAAUGCGUAGCUGUGGAAAUGGCUUCAUGUGGGAUUUAGGGUCUGAGCGUUCUAAGUGCGCCCGGUUCAAACAAUUUGGGCUGGCUCUAUUAGCCUAGGCACUGGAGCAGAUCAGGUUAAAUUUUCAGCAGCCAAGAACCAUUCUACCAUGCAAGUCAUAGAGCACAAACAAAAAAAGUAGCAAAAGUAUACCAUCCUUUUGAAAAAAAACUAGCAAAAGUAUUCUACCGUCUCUCUCUCUCACGAAACCAGCGGAGCUUUUUGAGCAGCUGAAAACAAAGAAAACAGGAUGGUUCUGUAGCAAAGCAACAUUGGGGCUCCUUUAUACAGCAGCUUCUAGCUCGCUACUUUUGUUUCUGAAUUCUGUUGAAUGCUUUGAGGAAACAAGUGAAUCCCAAAAUGCUGCAACCCCAAAUUGUACAAUCCCCAGCUAGGUUAGGCCUAACAAACCCCACUUCACCCUCUCUUCAAAACCCUACCCCUCCGAAACUCCCUUCACAGCAACCCAGUCUCUCCCCAACCCUUCUCUCUCUCCUCGCACCCCUCCCUAGAGCCCAAUCCCUUCUCAUCCAAAUGGCCUCCCUUGCCUCUAAACUCUUUGAAGUCUCGCCGAAUCGAUCCCUUUGGCUCAAUGCAUUCCGUGGGUCCUUCCCAACCUUUCUUUCUUCCCAAUCCCAAUCACUGCCCUCAACCGCACCUGACUCUUCUCCUUCCUCCACCAAAGAGAUCCUGUCCCAGUUCACUGCCCUUCAAACCCAACUCUUUGAGGCUGUUGCUGAACUCCAAGAAAUUCUUGAUCUUCAGGACGCUAAGCUGAAAAUUGCACGCGAAGUGCGGUCCAAGGAUGCUGCACUUCUUUCUUUUUCCAAGAAACUCAAGGAUGUCGAGCAGGUUCUUGAUAAUCUUGUUGAUGAUUACUCUGAUUUUAGCCACCCCAAACGGACAAAACAGGAGGAUGGUGCAGAAGAUGAUUCUUCAUGCACCACCACCACUGUUGCAUCUCAGUUGAAUUUAUCAGAUAUUUUAUCAUAUGCCCACCGGAUAAGCUACACAACCUUUGCACCACCAGAAUUUGGGGCUGGACAAGCUCCUCUUCGUGGGGCACUCCCGCCUGCCCCACAGGAUGAGCAAAUGCGUGCUUCUCAGCUAUCCAAUUUUGCAAACCUUGAUGUUGGUUUACCUAAGACAGUCGAGAGGGAGGAGGAAACAAUUCACACAAUAUUAGAGGCCCCGUGUCCUGAGCCAACAGAAGCCAAUCAACUUCCCAAGCUGGGUGCACUCCAGGGUCUACUUCCUCCAAAUAUCACGGUUCCGUCAGGUUGGAUACCAGGGAUGCCUGUGGAGUUGCCAAGCGAUGUACCUGUGCCCCCACCUGGAUGGAAGCCUGGGGACCCAGUGCCUUUGCCCCCACUUGGAUCUGCUCCAGCUCCCAGGGUCGAAGAGCAACAAUUACGGCCUAAUGCUCAUCAACCAUUACCUAGAGCACCAGCGACAAUACAGGUUCAGCAUGUUCAGCUGGAUAUUCCGGACCAAGACGAUGAUAGUAGUGAUUAUACUAGCGAUGAUGCAAGCUCAGAAGAUGAGGAUUGACAGUCAGCUAUGGUAGUGCGGAGAAUUUUACGCGAUUCCCUUUCUGUCUUGAUGUAUAUGCAGCAACUUUCUAGUAUCUACUUGCAUUUCCUUUGAAUCUCAAUGCGGGCAUUUCCUUCUCAUUUCGAAGUUGGUGAAUUUUGUUUGGCUUUACUUUUCAACAAGUUGAUUGGUGAAUCUAAUUGUGCAUUGGCAAUCUUUGAACUUGAAGGAGCGAAAGCAGCAAAUUUUCUGAUGGUAGAAAUGUCAUAAGCUUUUA